CCCUCAUAUUCUUUGAGCCUGAGAUUCCUGCUGGCGCGCGAUUGGCUUAUUAUUAUUAUAGCGCUUAUUCGCACUUAUACGCGCUUGUCAAACCGCUCGGCUUUGCAAACACACGGCCAAUUUCCUUCACUUACGCAUGCGGUGACGCUGGAAAAUGAGUGAUUCCGAGAAGCAGACCAUUUCUGUGAAGGAAAAGGACGGAGUGGAGAAAAGAGGACGGGGAAGACCGAGAAAACAUCCAAAGGAAUCCAGUGGAUCUCCGGUUCCGAAAAGACCAAGAGGGCGGCCAAAGGGCAGCAAAAACAAAGGACCUUCCAAGAGGAAAGCGGGAGCAACUUCAGAAAAGAAACUAAAGGGGAAGCCCAAGAAGGAGGAAAAGGAGGCAUCUCAGGAGUCCUCUGAGGAAGAAGAAGAGGAGGAUGAAGAUGAGGAACAGUAACUACCUCAUCCUCGGCACUACCUCAUAAUAUGACACAGCCUGGCACCACUUACUAAUCUUCAGCCUCUAACAACAGGAUGUCGUCCACUCAACCACCUCCGUGGGACUGACAUAAAUAUCAUGUUUAUAACAAUCAGUCACAUGUUAAAAAAAAAAAAAAAAGGAAAAAAAGUGGAAUAAUUUUAGAAUCUGUGAAAUUAGGCUGCAUAUACGUGUUUAGUACAUUAAUGGUGCUUACUUGGUGCUUUUUUUUAUUUUUGUUUUGGUUUGCUUUUUAUGUAUCUUAUGUGACGUGGAAGGUCAGGGGGGAUAUAGAAUUAGAAAAAAAAAAAACUGUUCUGACCGUGAUGUGUAGUGGUCCUAUAGUUUUAGUGUAGGGCUUUCUGCUUAACUGCAGCUGAUUUUUUUUUUUUUAACACCCCCUGCACUGACUAGAUUUGAUCUUAUUAGAUUGCCUUUAUUCUAUAUGUUGAUGCGUGAAUAUUCACCGUUUGUUGAAGGCUAGGGGUGUGUAUUUUGCAAGAUAAGCCAAUCAUGCAUUUAGAUUUGAACACACCAUUUUCAGUCUUUCUCACUAUGGUGUAAUAGUUGAGUAGGCGAUAUAGAUGUGUCUGAUUCUCAUCGCAAGUACAUUCCAGUAGCAUUUUUAACACACCUGUGACUAAUUUACGUGGACUGUUCCUCAUAUCCAUAAUUUUCAUUACAAUGACAGGUUUGCCUCUUACUUAACUUUUGCCAACAGGUCAGUUUUUUUAGGUCAAAGAAAAGUACACACGGGCAAAUAAGUCUUUAGCUCUGGUCAGCAGUAGGAAAAAAAAUUAUACCUUACAGUUGUGAAUUUAUGGAUCCACCCAAAUACUUCUGGGAGUUUACAGAGAACACCUGUGAAACAAUGCACACUUGAGCAGCUAUACCUCAGUACCAUGGUUUGUGAUGAUGACCGGUUUGCAUAUAUUGUCAACUCGGCUUACACAAGACUGCGUCAUUUGGUUAACUUUAGAAUAGUAAGAAUGACUGUUUUUACUCUGCAUCACACAUACCAUCUAUCCACAUUCUUUCUCUGCAACAAUAUGCAUCAGCCACCUCAGGAAUUACAGGACAUAGACAACAGGUGACAGACCAAGUAGUGUUCAGAUAGCACUGAUAACUUCUGUAUAGAAUGUGUUCAUCCUUUCUGUGGGAAACAACCUUUGCUCUGUACCUAUUUUUUAAUGCAGCUGAGGAAUUGUCUACAAGCUCUUUUAGGCUUAUACCACGUUUGUUGAUGCCGCAAAUACCUAUUUAUUUCACGUUUAAUUGAGAAUUCAGUUGUAUCUGUGUAGCAUGUUGUGUUGUUAAUAAAGUAUACUUUCUCA